AACAACAUCCCCAGCAGCUGCUAUGACAAGAACAGCCACCCCCACAACAACCACAGCUGCUGCUUCAACAACCACAGCAGUACCAAUGUCAACCACAGCAGCUCCCAGUACAACCACAGCUUCCCCCACAACAACCACAGCUGCUGCUACAACAACCAAAGCCCUGCCCACAACAACCACAGCUGUUCCAACAACAAUCACAGAUUCACACACAACAACCGUAUCUGCUCCCACAACUACAGCAGUUCUCACAACCACAACAGCUUCCCUUACAACAACCACAGCUGGUAGCAAAACGACCACAGCUGCAUCCACAACAACCAGAGCUGAUCCCACCACAACCACAGCUACUGCUACAACAACAAUAUCUGCUGCAACAACACCCAAAACCCUGCCCACAACAACCACAGCUGCUCCCACAACAAACACAGCUGCUCCCACAACAACCACAUAUGCACCAACGACAACCACAGCUACACCAAUAACAUCUACAGCUGCGGCAUCAACAAGUACAGCUGUGGCAACAACAACCACAGCUACACUCACAACAACCACAGCUUCUUCCACAACAACAAGAGCUGCUCCCACAACAACAGCAGCUUUUCCCACAACAACCACAGCUACACCAACAACAACCACAGCUUCUUCCACAACAUCCACAGCUGCUCCCACAACAACAACAGCUUUUCCCACAACAACCACAGCUGCUCCCACAACAACCACAGCUACUCCCAAAACAACCACAGCUGCUCCAAAAACAAUUACAGAUUCACCCAUAACAACCACAAUCGCUCCCACAACUACACCAGCUCCCACAUCAGCUUCCCUAACAACCACCACUCCUGGUCCCAAAACAACCACAACUUCUCCCACAACAACGACAGCUACAACCACAGCUGCUCCCACAACAAAACCAGCUGCUGCUACAACAACAAAACCUUUGACAACAACAACCAAAGCCAUAAGCACAACCACAACAGCUUCCCUGACAACAACCACAUCUGGUCCCACAAUGAUCACAUCAGCACCAGUGAUGUCUACUGCUGGGGCUACAACAACCACAGCUGCACCCACAACAGCCACAGCUUCUCCCACAAAAGCACAGCUGUUGCUACAACAACAAAAGAUGGGCUGCACCAACGACAACUACAGCACCUUUUACAACAACAGUGGCUCCUACAACAGCAACUCCCACUACAAUCACAGCUUCACCAUCGACAACGACAGUUGCUGCAAAAACCACCAAAGUCAUCCCCACAACAACCAGAGUUUCAGCCACAACAACCAAUGCUGCUCCCACAAAAACCACAGCAUCACCAAUGACAUCUACAGCUGUGGUUUCAACAACCACAGUCCUCCUCACAACAACUCCAGAUACUACCAUAACAACCACAGCUGCUGCCUCAACAACCACACUGCUACAACAACCACAACUCUGCCCACAACAACCAAAGCUGCUCAAACAACAAUCACAGAUUCACCAACAACAACCGUAUCUGCUCCCACAACUACAGCAGUUCCCACAACCACAACAGCUUCCCUUACAACAACCACAGCUGGUAGCAAAACGACCACAGCUGCACCCACAACAACCAUAUAUUGUCCUUCAACAACCACAGAUUCUCCCACAACAACCACAGAUUCUCCCACAACAACCACAGCUGCUGCUACAACAACAAAAGCUGCUACAACAACAAAAGCCCUGCGCACAACAACCACCUCUGCUCAAACAACCAUCACAAAUUCACCCACAACAACAGUAUCUGCUCCCAAAACUACAGUAGUUCCCACAACCAAUACAAAUUCCUUUACAACAACCACAGCUGGAAGCAAAACGACCACAGCUGCACCCACAACAACCACAGAUUCAACCACAACAACCACAGAUUCUCCCACAACAACCACAGAUUCUCCCACAACAACCACAGAUUCUCCCACAACCACAACAGCAUCCCUUGCAACAACAGCUGUUCCCACAACAACCACAGCAGAACCAAUGAUGUCUACUGCUGGUGAUACAACAACCACAGCUUCCUCCAAAACAACCACAGCUGCGCCCACAACAACCAGAGCUGCACCAACAACAACCAGAGCUUCUCCCACCACAACCACAGCUGCUGCUACAACAACAGCAGCUGCUGCAACAACACCCAAAACCCUGCCCACAACAACCAAAACUGCUCCCACAACAAACACAGCUGCUCCUCUAACAACCACAUCUGCACCAACGACAAUCACUGCAACACCAAUAACAUCUACAGCUGCGGUGUCAACAAGUACAGCUGUGGCUCCAACAACAGCUACACCCACAACAACCACACCUUCUUCCACAACAACCAUAGCUGCUCCCACAACAACAACAGCUUUUCUCACAACAACCACAGCUACACCCACAACAACCACAGCUACACCCACAACAACCACAGCUUUUCCCACAACAACAACAACAGCUGCACCAACAGCAAAAGUUUCUCCCACAACAACCACAGCUACUCCCACAACAACCACAGCUGCUGCUACAACAAGAACCGUUUCGGCAACAAAAGCAGAAGUACUGCCCAAAACAACCACGGCUGCUCUAACAACAAUCACAGAUUCACCCACAACAACCACAAUCGCUCCCACAACUACACCAGCUCCCACAACAGCUUCCCUUACAAAAACCACUCCUGGUCCCAAAACAACCACAACUUCUCCCACAACAACCACAGCUACAACCACAGCUGCUCCCACAACACCAACAGCUGCACAGCAGCAAUGA